AUGGUGGUCGACUGGUUCAUGCGAAGCCUUCACUGGCGCAAUCUAGUGCACUACCGUCUCCUCUUCGACACCUCCGCGGCGCUGGCCGGGGAGAGGUGGCAGCAGCUCCGCAGCGCGCACGCGGCCUUCCGGGAGCAGCUGCGCCGCAGCCCCAAAGCCGACCGCGCCGUGGCCACCAUCCGCUUCCUCGGCGAGUCGGCGGAUGCCCUCGGGGCCGACCGGACUGCCGCCAGAAACAUCCCCGAGCUGCCGGACAUCGAAUCCCCCGAACCCAAGGCCAAGGCCAACGCCAAGGCCAAGGCCAAGGCCAAAGGCAAGGCCAAGGCAAAGGCACAGGCAAAGGCCAAGGGCCCCGCGCCAGCCUCUGCUUUCACGUGGAAGGGGGCCCUCCCAGUGGCAGAGGCCUUGCGUGCCUUGCCGAAAGGCCAGGUCCCAUCUGAGCCCUUCGCCCACGAGGUCGUGCUGCUGGCGCUCGGGGCCUCCUUCGAUCUCGGCGACACCGUGCAGGAACUUCUAGAGAUUCGAAACCUCGCGCUGGUGGUGGGCGUCGCUCUCGCAGACGCAGGCAUGACCAGCCUGCGGGAGAUGCAGCGACACUUGGAGGGAAGUAGCGUGCAGUGCUGGAUCAAAGCCGCGGGCAGCGAGACGGCCCUGGUCCAGGCUUUCCGGGAUGCAGCAGCAGACGGGGAGGUGGUGCGGGAGAGGCACGGCCGAGGAGGCAAGUACAUGCUCACCAUCAACUGGCCAUCGGGUGCCACGGCAGCCUCGCUGAAACGACCCAAGAGCGAGUCUGUCAAGGACGUGAUGACUGCCGUGAAAAGGCAAGUGGUGGUCAAAGGCUGCCAGCUCAGAUUGCUUCUCCAUGAGGCCGCCUUGGAUGAUGCGGCAGACUUGAGGGAUCUGCCGCUUUCCGUGCCCCUGACUGUGGUGGCGAUGGACACGAAAGACUUGGCGGCAGAAGCUUUGGACGCCAGCGGCCUGCCUGCUGGCAUGAAGACGCAUGUUGAGGAGCAGAUUGCGGCCCUUUGCCAGCUCUUCGACGAGCUGCCCGAGCAUCUCACCGCAGCAUUGGAUGACUCGCCUGUACGCUUUAUCAAGGACAUCAUCCUGAAGCUGCCCGCAGAUCGUCUGCUCACCUUCAUGAACGACACGGACGCCACGAAGAAGCUUCUGAAGAGCAUUCGCGAGGACCAGGUCCCGGCCCUGCUCGCGGACCCCGCGGCGUUCCUGGGCCCAGCCUUGGAGGAGCAGAUGAAGACACAGAUGGUGCUCCAAGCGCAGCUGGCAGAGGUGGCGGUUGAGCAGCCUUCGGCGCAAGGCCAAGCCGUAACAUCCGCAGAGACGGAGCCUGCUGAAGGCGGCCAGAGAGAAGAGGACGAACGCUCCAGGCCAUUGGCAGGGCCUGCAGGAAGCGCCUUGCGCAGGACCGGAAAGGAGGCAGAGACCUGGCGCGUCGUGCAAGCAGCAGGUCCCACGGAGGGGCUGGUCAUCCAGCUGUGCUGGGGUGAUUUCGCCGAGUUCCGGAACGGCGUCCUCAUGGCCGUGCCCAGGAGCCUGCAUGCGCGGCUCUCGCCUGGCUUUGACAUCGUGCGGGAGGAGCCACCGACGCCGCUUCCGGAAGGGGUCGUCCCUUUGAGCCCGAUCGUGGACCUCUUCCCGCACAAUACUGCCUUCGGAGGCCAACGCGUCGUGGUGGUGCUGCCGACCUGCAGUGGAGCCGACAAGGCGUGGCGAUCGCUUCCCGAAGGUGGCUGGGAGGAGCUCACCGAGGUGGAGUUCUUUGGAGGGCAUGCCGCGCUGCGCUUGGACCAUUUCUGCAAGACAUUUUUGGGCACCCAGAGCCCUCAACCGAGACGCCUCAAAGUGAGAGGCUUCCUGUCACGGACCCAGCGCGCUGCCAAGUGUGCCUUGGUGCACUCACUCUGCGAUGGGUGCGAAGAGCAGCUGCGGCAAACUUGCUGCCAAGACCCAGACGAACUGGCAGGCUUCGAUGAAUGCAGUCCUCCCAAAUUGGCCGGGCUCUAUGAACACGGGGAGGAGCUCGUGCUCUCCCAUGGCAAAGAAGAUCAAGAAUGGUCACAGCGGGUGAAGUUACUCUUCAACCGCUUUCCAUUGGUGACGAGCACAACAAUUUCCGUGCAAGAGCCGCGCUUUGACGUUUCCAUCGACGACCAGCCCCACACAUUCUGUUUGCCUGGUGCGCCAACUGAACCAUCAGAGCGUCCGAUGCACCAGAUGCAGUCAGAUCAAGGUGCUCAAAACCAUCAGACCAGCGCUGCAAGCAGCUCGGCGGCUGCGUGGCUCCAGACAGGUCCAGGCCUGCAAGACACUGCCGAGCUAGACUCCGGGUGCCAAGGGCUGCCAGAUCCACAGCUCCCACAGCCAGAGCCCUCCGCCUCUGCCAGCAGCUCUGUCCUCCCGACAGUUCUGGAAGGCCACGCAGUCCCGCCUCCGCCUGACGCUCCUGCAGACCCAGUAGAACAAGUUCGCCAGAGGCGAUCACCUCAGCCCGACACCUCGGCCACUGCCUCCACCGACAGCCCGCUCCAGGGAGGCGCCGCAGAUGCACAUGGCCCAGCAGCUCUACCACUGUAUGUCAGUUGUCCUCCACGCACCCGGAUUCAGGUGCGAGCUGCACUUCAGGUACUCGCAGAGGUUGGGGUAUCGGACGAGGGCUAUGUGACGCCGGCGCUUGCGGGAGGAGAGCACGAGGACCAACACCUCAUACCUCUGCGGCAGAUCAGCAGCUUCGCUGCUGGCGUCUCCAUGGAGCAUAUCGACAGCAUGCGAGACCGCAGUGUCGCGCGCACGGUCGUCGUGCAGGCAGCGCAAGAGCAAGAGGAGCACACUCCAGGCUACACGCCACGUCCUUCCCCUGCAAUGUCCACUUCGCUACAGCAAGCUCAGAGGCGACACCUCCUCGUCUCAGGCCGGUUCAAUUCACCGGAAAAGCUAGAGUACAUGCGCGCAGUCAAGAGACUGUUGGAUGCUGAGAGGGUUCCCGUCUACAUGGUCCAGACGCGUGGACCCGGAGACACCUUCGGGGACAAGACCAUGUUUGGAUUGCACCACGCGCUGGGAAUGAUCGCGUUCUGCUCGGAAGACUAUGGGGCCAAGACGGGCAUCCAAUAUGAGACGUUCGUGGAGCUGCGGUAUGCCCAUGAGACUGAACUACCCAUAAUUCCCGUUCAGUUGUGCGACGCAUUCCCACCAAUGCCUCCAGAUGAUGAAGGUCGACGUCAAAAUGACGUGGUGCUGCGCAGAUCUAUUCACCGUAUUGUUGACAUUGGCAUGCAGGACACAGAGAAAGUUGCCCGUGACAUUGUGAAGGCAUGGAAUGGGCUGCAAGGGCAACUGACGAGAUCAUCACAAACAAGACCGAGACCCAAAUUUUGGCCUUUUGUUUUGAGAUGCUUGUGUUGUUCCUAG